AUGGCCAACCCAGACAACUUGUCCUCCGCAGAUCCCAUUCCCACCUCAGAUCACGUCCCCAUCUCAGACCCCAUCUCAGAUAGUCUGCAUGUCUCAGAUCCCAUCCCCUCCCCAGCCACCCUGUUCAUCUCUGAACCCCUAUCUACUUCAGAUCCCCUUCCUUCCUCAGAUAUCCAGUCUGAAGCCAUCGAACUUGAUGUCAAAGAGGGUGAAAUCACCGACGACAUCAAAGGGAAGCGAAAAACUGACGUUGUCACUGACGAGAGUAACUAUGCAGGCGCUGCCGACAAUAAUAACAGCGACAACAACAGCGUCGGCGGUGGUGACCUUCCAGGCGCUGUCAACGUACUGCGCUUCCACUUCAUGGAGCGGCGCCUGUUCAUGCGACUGACGCGCUACUUGAAGAAGGGGGUGAACGAAUCGAAGGCCAUGAUAGCUCUCUGGCUUUGGGCUGAGGCCGUCGGCCACAGCGGUUUUCUGCGUCAUGUAUGCUCUUCUUCUGACGCCAUGUUGCUCAAGUUCUGCCAGGAAGCCAAGCUAUGCCUGGAGGUCCUCAUGGGGCUGAGGGUUAUGGCUCUUGUGAGGAAUUGCUCAUCUGUCGAGCUGCCCAUGACGUCAUGGCUCAUCGAGGAACCCAUCGACCUGCGGUUCUUCUUUGUCCACAGGAAGACGGUAAUGGACGGCGUCGCCGCCAUCCACCACAGAAUCUGUCAGUUGAUCUUCGACGACGACAUCAUGAUUAACAUCUCUGAGGCGACGACCCACCCUGAGAACCGCCGGAUUAUGUCCUCCGGGCUGAUCAUAUCUCGCCCCCUGGGCGAGAAUGCGGAGAAACGGAAGAACGAGAACGAAGGAGAUCCAAUGGAGGUAGAUCCCGGCGAAGCGCCUCCCCCGCGAGGAAACAAGAAAGCUAAGCAGAAUGGAGAAGAGCCCAAGGAGGUGGCGGCAGCGGCUGCCGUUGCUGGCAAGGAAGCACGUCCUCUUGCACCUCCAGGGGCGGUGGAACCAUUGGUGACGCGCUCUGUGUUCCUCACCUUCAAUAUGGGUCUCCCAGUCAGUGGGAAGAACGUAGCCCAGUUCUUCAACAUGUCGGCUCAACCCUAAUUCCUCUUGCUUAAAAUCUCUCUUCUUUCCUUCUGACGCCAGUUUUUUAAUCUUUCUUAUGUGAGCAGGAGGUACGGGAAGUGCGUGGAGAGGGUGGAUAUCGAAAGGCAUGUACCGGAGUACCCUCCUCUGUACGGCUACAUAAUAUUCAAGAACGCACUGGCUAUGACGACGGCGCUAAAUGGGCAGCGAAGUGGCAAGUUCGUCAUCAGUGAGAGAGUUGUAUGGACACGCAUCUGCAAGCCUCGACCGAGGAGGCCCUUGGGGGAUAUGGGGGAGAUGAGCGUGGAUGAACUUGCGGCGGCGAUCGUCGCCAUCAAGAUGGAAAAUCGUUGA